GGAGAGACACAGGGGAGGGAUUGCUCCAGGAUUUCAGGUGGUACAUCUGAAUUCAGUGACAGUGGACAACCGCCUAGACAAUCUGCGCCUAGUUCCUUGGGGAUGGAAACCCAAAGCAGAAGAAAUCUCUAGCAAACAAAGGGAACAAAGUCUGUAUUGGCUGGCAAUCCAACAGCUUCCUACGGAUCCUAUAGAGGAGCAGUUUCCUGUACUGAAUGUAACACGAUAUUACAACGCUAACGGGGAUGUUGUGGAGGAGGAAGAGAACUCAUGCACAUAUUAUGAAUGUCACUACCCCCCGUGCACUAUGAUUGAAAAACAGUUACGUGAAUUCAACAUUUGUGGCCGAUGCCAGGUAGCGAGGUACUGUGGGUCACAAUGCCAGCAGAAAGACUGGCCUGCUCACAAGAAACACUGUCGGGAGAAGAAACGGACCUUCCAGCAAGAGCUCGGACCAGAACGAUGACCGGGUGGCACAGGCCUCUCAGCAGCAGGAUUCCUUCUCAAAGGCAUUGGACUCUUGCUUUUGCACAGUAAUGACAGGCUGCUUAUUGAAGCCAGAGGCACUGAAGAAGAAAAAAAACCCUGUGAUGCUUGAGCAGAACGGCUGACUGGACUAAGCCAGCUCUGACUGGUGCUGUGGAAAGGGAUUGGGUCUACCCUUCCAGUAUUAUAUUCUCAAGCAAAAAGACUACUGUGGAGGCUCCAGGCAGGAAGCUUCUCAUUAUUUAUAUGUUAAUACGUUUGUAAACUCAUGUACAGUUUUUGUUAGAAAUUCUUGAUAGGACUCAUUAACUGUAAUGUUCAGAUGAGAACAUGUUGUUGGCCUAAAAGUUUAAAAAAAAAAAAAAAAAAAAAGUCAUGUAGCAGAAGCUUUUCCUCCCAUGUGGUAGAAGUAUCCGUGGCUGUGCCAAGGCCAGAAGGCAGAUCUGACAUCAGCAGUUACUCUGGAGAACUCUGCAUGGAAGUUAUAUUUAAAA